AUGGCUCCAAAAAAGCAACAAAAGCGGAACCCCUUUUAUUAUUUUAUGAUGGAAGUUAAGAGAAAUGCUGGUAAUGAAAUAGAUAACAAUACAGCGCAAGAAAUUGCCGGUGCCAAGUGGGCUAAAAUGAGUGCAGAUGAAAAAAGAAAGUAUGAAAUUAAAGCUGCGGAAGUUAGAAACAAUGUAUCCCUUAAAAAAUAUACAUCGGAAGGUAUUGACAUUGAAGAGAUUGAAAGAAAGACUCAAGCUGAAAGAAAAUGGCAGGAAGAGAUGAAAACCACUAUUUCACAGGAUAUCAGGGGUGCUCAUAAAAGCGGGAGUAUUGAUACAAAAACGUUUUUUGUUCUUUACAUAAACUCAUUUGUCUAUCAGGAAACUGAAGAUAGGUAUUUUCCUGCUGAAAUUGGGUUAUUGUCAUUUAAUUUAAGGGAAGGUGUCUUGCAAGAGAAUAUAUACCAUAGUAUGAUCCAACCUGGUCAACUUCCCAUGGGCUAUUUUAAUGAGGCUAUGAUAAUUUCCAAUGAAAAACAUAAGAUUCAGCCUCCUUCCAGUUUGGAUACUGGUGACAAUACCGAAAAAGUUUUUAAUGAAAUUUGUGAAUUUAUUUCUCAACGCUUUGAAGGGGGACAAGAUUGUCCGAUUUUAUAUGUAAAAGAGAAAUACAUGAAAAUGUGCCAGAACAUUUUGGAUUCCUGGACGGCGCAGUUUAAUGAAUGCUACUUUUUCAAAGUUUACAAUCUUCAACUAAUGUUAAACGAAUUAAGGAGCACCAUAGAGCAAACUAACGUUGUAAUGGCAAACUCUUUCGGGUUUUACGAAAUAUCAAAAGAUGUGUAUUCACAUGUCUCCAACAUUGCUUGCGAAUUUCAUGAAAUUGCCGAUGCCCAAAUAAGCUGCGCUAAAUCCAUAGUGACCAGGCAAGCCUACGUGAUUUGCGACAACUGCUGCCCAAUUCUGGAAAUACCUCUAAUUCCGGGACACCACGUCCCGGAAUCGACAAGGACGGAUAGAAUAAGGAACAGUAGUCGGGCAAGCACUUUUAGCAGCAAACAAUCAGAGAUUACAUUUGAGACGCCGCGCAGCGACGCCGACACGGGCAGUGUAAUUUCGUUCACUAGUCGUUCGGAGGGUUGGGAUAACGAGUCGGUGGCUUCUACCGGUACAAGCGUGGCAACGCUGGAAGAGCAGUUUCCCGCUCUGGGUCAGGGGAGGUCGAACGGUGGGGCUGGAGAAUGGUUUUCGCAGAAUAGUAACGGUAGUGUGCGAAGCAGUUAUUCGGGCGCUGCAGGUUCGAAUGCCGGGUUCAGUCAGUUGCGUAAGGCAGCCAUGCCUGCCUUAUUGAAACAAAUGAAGGAUUUGAAUUUUGAAGAAGGAACUUCUACUAGGUCUGGUUCCACAAAUCCACUUAGAUACAACCGCACUUGGAGCCAGAUGAGCGAUUCAGACAGUGUAACAUCGGAAGUAAGUCAAUCAUCUCAAAAACCAUUUAACAACGCACCUAAUGAUUUUCCAGCCUUGGGGGGCAAAGGAAAGGCAAGGGGAAGAGGCGGGUUUAGAAAAUAA